AUGCCCACAGAUUAUCUCAAGUUUCACUCCAUUCCUUCGGGAAGACAUAAGGAUAAACACCACAUUGUCAUCGUAGGCGCUGGUAUAAUCGGUGUCUGUACCGCAUAUUAUCUUGUUAGACAUCCCGAUUACGACCCGGAGAAAUUCCAUAUUACAGUUAUCGAAUCCAAAAGAGUUGCAGGUGGUGCAAGUGGUAAAGCUGGUGGGUUAUUAGCUCUAUGGGCUUUUCCACAACAAUUAGUUCCAUUAUCUUUUGAAUUGCACCAAGAAUUAUCCGAUUUGUAUAACGGUACUCAAGAAUGGGGUUAUCGUCGGUUAACCACUGUUCAAUUGGAAGGUGAUCUUACCCUUGUGGAUUCAUCAAAGGAUAAUGAUAACGAUAAUUACACCCAUGCCGAUUCUAAACAUGAUGGUACCAAUGUUAAUGGGUUUGUUUUGCAUAGUAGUGAUGAAGAUGACGAUUGCUACGAAAGUUCAGUUGACCCUCUACAUCGUGGUAAAGAUUCUCUGGAAAAUGAAGAAAUAUUUAAGAAGACUACCAAGCAAAGAAGCAACUCAGUUUCAUCAUCGUCAUUAACAAGUUCUGAUAGACCACCUAAAAAGACAUCCAAAUCAUCACGUUCCAAACUUAGUGGAGCAACUUCCACUCCUCUUGAAAAUUCUGCUUCCAAUCAGGAUAAUAACGGAUUAAUCUCGGAUUCAAAUAGCUCAGCUCGUUCAAGCAUGUCGAAUGCUCCUUCUGGGUCGUCAGCAAAUUCAACCUUUGAUGAUCAUGAUUUCAGCCAUACAAGUAGAACGUCGUCUGCUGCAAACACUAUUAGUAGUAACCAUGACGAUGGAUCAAACACAAGCGACACAAGCAGUCAUAAGAGUACUCGUCUGCUGGUUACUCAAGUUGGCCAAGGGUCUACUACCACAUCUCAAUCUCAAGGGGGAUAUAAUACUCGCUCUAGACGUCAAUUACCCAGUAAGCUUCCACCCAACUUGAAUUGGAUUGACUCAAGUAUCAUUACUAACUGCUCAUCACUUGGUGGAACUGAUACUACAGCACAGGUCCAUCCAUAUAAAUUUACCAAUUUCAUUCUUAAAAAGGCUGUUGAGGACUCUAAAGGAUCAAUUGAAUUGAUUCUAGGGAAAGUGGGGGAAAUUACAUAUUCAAUGGAAACUGGUCAAGCAACAGGAAUCAAAUAUAAACCCACUUCAGUUAAGGAUGACCAUAGAAAUAAGAGACUGGUAGCAUUAUAUGGUGAUCAAAUUGUUCUUACAGUUGGUCCUUGGACUUCUAAAAUUCUACCAGAUUGUCCUAUUCUGGGAUUACGAGCUCAUUCCAUUACAAUUAGUCCCUACGAAGAUCAACCUGUUUCCCCAUAUGCUAUAUUCUCAGAGUUUAAAACUGGACCUUAUUCUUACAUUUCACCAGAGAUCUAUGCUAGACAAGAUGAAGUGUAUGUAUGUGGUGAAGGUGAUUCUACUGUUGAUGUGCCUGAUACAACCGAUGAUGUUGAAGUUGUGAAAUCAAAAUGCGAUGAAUUAUUCAAACAAGUUGGCAAAAUUUCCCCAAAUUUGCGUAGAGGUCGUAUUUUGAAGAGACAAGCUUGUUAUUUGCCUGUGUUAGACGUUCCCUCCAGUAGUGGACCUUUAAUUGGAGAAACCAAUGUCGAGAAUUUGUAUUUAGCAAGUGGACACAGUUGUUGGGGUAUUAAUAAUGCGCCGGGGACUGGUAAGAUUAUGAGUGAAUUAUUAUUGGAAGGUGAAGUGACUUCAGCAGAUAUUCUGACUUUAGAUCCGCUGUUAUAUUUUGAUGCAAGUGUAUUGAUUAGUGACGAGGAAGAUAAUGAUGAGGAAGAAGAAGAUGAAAGUUAG